CCGCAACCUCCGCCGCGCUAGGCAACUGUCUCCAACCCCUCCCCUGUCGUCGUAAAGCGCCGCAAAGCGAGGCGGGCUUUACGGCUGCGAGCCGGGGGGCGCGGCGUGCUGCAAGGGGGGGCGCCGCUGCGAGCAGGUCAGACUCAGGAACUGGCUUCUGUUUCACUCCUGGGAUUAAAAUGCUUUAUCUGAUUGGACUAGGGCUGGGAGAUGCCAAAGAUAUUACCGUGAAAGGACUGGAGGUUGUAAAGCACUGCCGCAGAGUAUACCUGGAGGCCUACACAUCGGUCCUAACUGUAGGGAAGGAAGCACUGGAGGAGUUCUAUGGGAGAGAAUUGAUUCUGGCUGACAGAGAAACAGUGGAACAAGAAGCAGAUAAUAUUUUAAAAGAUGCUGAUCUCUGUGAUGUUGCUUUUCUUGUAGUUGGUGAUCCAUUUGGGGCCACAACACACAGUGAUCUUGUUCUGCGUGCAGUAAAGCUUGGGAUUCCAUACAGGGUUAUUCAUAAUGCUUCCAUUAUGAAUGCAGUGGGCUGCUGUGGUUUACAGUUGUACAACUUUGGAGAAACAGUUUCUGUAGUUUUCUGGACGGAUACGUGGAAACCGGAAAGCUUUUUUGACAAGAUUCAGAAGAACAAGCAGAAUGGAAUGCACACGCUGUGCUUACUUGACAUAAAAGUAAAGGAGCAAUCUCUGGAAAACCUGAUGAAAGGAAAGAAGAUUUAUGAAUCACCACGGUACAUGAGUGUGAACCAAGCUGCAGAACAGCUUCUUGCCAUUGUUCAAAAUAGGAGGCUUCAAGGAGAAGAACCAGAAGUUACGGAGAACACACUCUGUGUUGGCCUAGCAAGAGUGGGUGCCGUGGAUCAGAAAAUUGCUUCGGGCACCUUACAACAGAUGUCCACAGUAGAACUAGGUGGUCCACUACAUUCCAUGAUCAUAGCAGGCAAUAUGCAUCCUCUGGAAAUAGAUAUGCUUAAGCUCUUUGCUAUGGAUGAAUCUAGCUCUGAAGACAAUGAAUGCCAAAGGAACACUUGAAUAAAGAGCCUUUACCUGUC